AUGUCAGGCGCCAGGCCUCUGCUGGCAGCGCGCUCCCCGUCAGGCGACAAGGACGGCGCAGGUGGUGCCUCGCUAAGAGGUUCCAAUCGUCCGCCUGGCGCCAGCUCCGCCCGUCCAAAGCGCACUUUGAUAGAGAGUGCCUGCUCGGCCUGCCGCCGUAGAAAGUCUAGGGUGGGUUCCCAUUCUCUUGUCCUUUUCCGCCCCCCAGCUACUGCUACUACUCUGUGAGAAUGACGAAACUGACUGGCUUCUGAAACAGUGCGAUGGUAUCAGGUACGAUCUACUAAAACCCAGCCCCGUGCCGCGUUUGUGCCUGCUCUCCCGCUCACUACCCUUGAUUUUCCCACAGGCCAUCCUGUUCACGAUGCCAGAAUCUGCGGACCGACUGUCACUACGAGGCCGAAGAGGGCGAAAGUCGCUGGUCUGCCCUCCGCCGCCGCAAUCAGAUCCUCGAAGCCGAACGCGAUCACGUUCGCGAGUUGAUGUACCUUGUGCAGACUCGCCCGGAAGCAGAAGCGCUUGAGAUCUUCCAGCGCAUCCGACAGACCAGCUACGACGACCUCUUCCUCCUGUUGCGCCGGCUCAAGGACUCCACGGGAGAUGCAGCGAUAGCAGUCGCACCCCACGUGCCAGGACUGGCCCAUCCUGUGAGCGGCCCCGAGCAGCGACUGCCACCUAUACAGACCAUUCUGGAUCCGAAAGCGCGCUCUCACCAGCCGCCGCAUCUCGCUCACAGCCAAUCCUUGAGCUCAGAAGACAGCAGAGGCUCGUCAGUGGGGAAUUCGGCGGGGAUGGAGAUCAUCUCCAUCCCCGUAUCCCACCAACAACAGCAGCAACAUCGCCAGCUCCUCGAUACGCUGGAACCGAGUCUCCGACCGCAGCCCGGUGACUAG